UGAACAGAGAGGAGAUCCAAAUCUAACAAUCUUUGACUCUUUUGUUCAGGUUUUUAGGACACGCAAUUUGCGGAGCCGACUUUAACGGCCUUUCCUCCACGUUUACCCCUUUCUUUCUUUAUUUCUUUCUUGUAUGAAACGAUUCAAUUUUUAGUGAUGCUUUAAAAAGUGGGAUUGGAUCCCUUUGAAUAUUCCAAUGCAACUGCAAACUGGGUUUGGUCUGGCUGUUACCGUUAUUUGGUCAGUUGAAACUGGAUGAGCUGAUAAAAUUUUUCAUCUUGGUAAGUUUUGGGGAAUGCAUUUUAUAGAUAUUAGAAAGUGAGAGAAAUGCAGAAAAACGUUAUGAAACUUUUGCAAAUGAGUAGUUGAGAGAGAAGGUCCAAUUCAUCUUUCGUCCUCCUCUGCAUUGUUAGCACUAUACUAGAUCUAGUAAAGAGUGUGUGCUGGCAUUAACAUUCAAAGCUAGAACUAUGGCACCUGGCGGUGGUAUCUGCAAAGAUGUGAUAGAGUCCCGCGUUGGAUUUUCAGCUUAUGAUAUGGCAACAUCAAGUGCAGACUCAGGAGGUUCCCCAUUAAGAAAAGCUGCAACUGGUUUAGGUGGAAAUCUGGGAGCUACGUCAACAAAUGAUGUGCAUGAACUACUUGAGUGUCCUGUUUGCAUAAAUUUGAUGUAUCCUCCAAUUUACCAGUGUCCCAACGGCCACACUGUAUGUUCAAUUUGCAAGGCUAGAGUUCACAAUUCUUGCCCAACUUGCCGCAAUGAGCUUGGAAAUAUAAGGUGUCUGGCUCUGGAGAAAGUAGCCGAGUCACUGGAACUUCCUUGCAGAUAUCAGAUUCUGGGUUGUCAAGAUAUUUUUCCAUACUACAGCAAGCUGAAGCAUGAAAAAAACUGUAGAUAUCGCCCAUACAGUUGCCCUUAUGCGGGAGCCGAAUGCUCUGUCACUGGUGAUAUUCCAUUUCUUGUCACGCAUCUCAAGAGUGAUCACAAGGUUGACAUGCACGAUGGAUGUACUUUCAACCACAGAUAUGUCAAAUCCAAUCCCCAUGAAGUCGAAAAUGCCACAUGGAUGUUAACUGUUUUCAACUGUUUCGGUCGACAAUUUUGCUUGCACUUUGAGGCUUUUCAUAUAGGAAUGGCACCAGUUUACAUGGCCUUCCUGCGAUUCAUGGGUGAUGAAGAUGAGGCAAGAGAAUUCAGUUACAGCCUGGAAGUUGGUGGCAAUGGCAGAAAGUUUAUAUGGCAAGGAGUUCCUAGAAGCAUUCGUGAUAGUCAUCGGAAAGUUCGAGAUAGUCAAGAUGGACUUAUCAUUCAAAGGAACCUGGCACUCUUCUUCUCAGGUGGUGAUAGGCGGGAGCUGAAGCUGAAAGUGGCUGGCCGUAUUUGGAAAGAACAGUAACUCCAGAAAAAUGAAAUCUGACAUAUUGUUGUUAAAGUAGGUACCAGAAAUUAUAUAUAUAAAAUAAAAAGCUUGCAAGAUUCAAGCAAAUUUCUGUAAAUUUUGUAGAUAAAUAUAUCACAUUGUGAGGGGACUAUGAUUUGCAAUGGAUUUUAUUACUUAAUUUUUAUGAUAUUAAUUUCAGCAUUAUACAAAUUUG